UUUAAAAAAUGGCGGCCCCCAUAGUCGACGCGAUCGACGCUGUUCGCACCUGAGGCAACCCGAAUUUUAUAAGCUAUUCGCAAAACGCUAGUUCAUAAAUAUUUGUAGGAGCCAAGGCACCGUUUCAGCUAGCCUUGACACAUACGGCGGACACCAUGGUCGACGAAAUAAGGCAAGCUUUACGGAGUCAGCAGUGCGAUGAACAGAGAGAGCGUCGACAAAAACUUGUGGACGACAGGCGAGGAGCGUCGGUUUAUACGAAGGAGUUAGAGCCCAUGCCAAUCGAAGAGUUUGAAGCAAUGCUGAAGGAUAUAAAAGCUCAAAGGAACAACAAGCACUACCUCAGGAAGGUGAAGAACUCGCUGGCUUUGGGCGACGAUUACAUCAGUAGGUUUCUCAGGACCAAUGGUGCCUUGGAGCAACUCCUGUCCGUGACCCUGCGCAGCGUUGAAUCCUCAUGCCAGCUCGAAGCUCUCGCUUGCUUCACCAACCUGGCCUGUGGAGACCACAAGGCCACCUUCCGGGUGCUGCGUUGUGCCGGCCCCUAUCUGAUCACAUUCCUCAAUGGCAGCAACCCUUUUCUCCAGGAGCAGUCAGCAUGGUGUCUUACCAACAUUGCCAAGGAUUGUGACGAGUGUCGCAACCUGCUGAGGUGCCAAGGAGCGAGUCAUGCUUUUAUCAAAGCACUCCAGAGCAUCUACCCUCAGGUGAUUGACAUGGCAGUGCUUGCUCUUCAGGCUUAUGCACAGUCGCCUGCUGACAUCAUCCAAGACUUGGUCACUCGGGGCCUGCUCAAACACCUGCUCCCGCUGUUUGACCGGGACUCUGCAAAGCCCGACUUCAUUGGUCAGCUUGGCUGGAUCACAUUUUACGCCUAUAGCAACGACAGUGUUCAAGUCGAAGACAUGGACUGUACAGCUAGACUGUGCCACACGGUUGCGAACAAGAUGGUUCACUACAGCUUAGCUCCUCAAGAAAAUUCUGCUGCCCUGGCUUCUCUUUUGGUAUGCCUGGCCACCUGGAGCAGCCGGUCGUGUGACCUGGCCAGCGCAUUGGCUGGGAUGGCCGGCAUGGUUGCUGCACUGGGUCGCCUCCUGGAGGCGCCUUAUCUGCACCUGCGCCGGGAAGCCUUGUGGCUCAUGCACUGUCUUUCAGGGCCCCUGGCUCAAUAUGAUCUGGCCGACAUCUCUGCUGCCAUUAAUGGAAUUGUGCCUCUGCUGACACCAGGAGCGGAGUAUAUAACUGAGGUCCUCCUGCUGCUUCAAGGCAUUUCCACUGCACUACCAGCCUUUAGACACAGUCUUGCAGGAAGCGCAGCAGUUCUUGCCCAACUCCAGCAAAUGACUCCGGAACACUUCGGUGAAUGUCAGAAGCUUCAAGCAAUACUCUCUCAACCCUAGUGUGUUUAUAGUGUGCUUUUAGUACUGUAUACAUAGGCGUGCGCAGGGUUGCCCAUCAGGGGGGGCAAAGAUUCUUCGCAGCGCCCCCCCACCCUACUAAGUCAAUGUAUGGGGCAGAUUUUCCGCCCCCCCCCCCACUCUUAU